AUGAGCGAGGUAAUAACGAUCCGCAAGCGGCGUGGGUUUCAGUUCCAUCGGAGCCAGUACCUGGACGAUGAGGAAGAAGAGUUUGAUUUGGACGUGGAGAUGGAAGGAGCGGAUUCGUCGGUGAUUAUGACGCCAGGAGAGCUGAUUACAGAUGAUCCUGUGUGGAUGCGAGGCCACGGCACAUACUUCCUGGAGAACAAAACGUACUCGUCGGUGGCGGGCACCGUUUCCAGGGUGAACCGACUCCUGUCGGUGAUUCCUUGGCGCGGGCGGUACACGCCAGAGACGGGCGACCACAUUGUCGGCAGGAUCGUGGAGGUCGGCAACAAACGAUGGAAGGUGGAUAUUGGCGGAAAGCAGCACGCAGUGCUCAUGCUGGGUUCUGUGAACCUGCCCGGCGGCGUGCUGCGGCGGAAGUCUGAGAGCGAUGAGCUGCAGAUGCGCAGCUUUCUGAAAGAGGGCGAUCUGCUGAACGCAGAGGUGCAGUCGCUAUUCCAGGACGGAAGCUCUGCGCUACACACACGGUCGCUGAAGUAUGGGAAGCUGCGCAACGGCAUGUUCGUCCGGGUACCUAGCUCGCUGAUCGUUCGGAGCAAGAACCACACACACAACCUUCCGGGCAAUGUGACGGUUAUCUUGGGCGUUAACGGGUUUGUGUGGCUCCGGAAAACCUCCGAUAUCGAUCUUUCAAAUAACCACCACGGUUCUACAGUUAGUGGCAAGGCCGCUAACACGCUGGCUGGUGUAGCCUCUGGAGAAUACAAGCCCGGCGCCAACUCUGUCUCCAUUACGAGGCUGGAAGAGGAAUCAUCAUGGGAGAUUUAUUCCGACAAGAACGAUCCUAUCCCGUCGAAUAUCCGGAACACGAUAUCUAGAUAUGCCAAUGUCAUUAAAAUUCUCGCGCAUUGCGAGAUCGGCAUUACGGAGGCCCGCAUCGUGGCGUCAUACGAAGCCAGCAUGGCAUAUGGCAAUGUGGGCUCCUUGAUUGAGACUGAGACCAUGGAUGCAAUUGGGCAAGAUGUUAUAAAUGGUGAAAAAAUGAGAGGCAACGCAUAG